GAGAGCAAGGGCGGGGUCACCCUGGGCCGCAGAAACCCGCGGGGGACACCCCAGGAGAUGGUGGUCGAAGUCAGACCCCAGGGAGCAGAGAGAUCUCCCCAGAUCCCGGACCCGCCCCAAACUAGUAGGAAAAGAAGAAGGAAACAUGUCAGGACACAAAUGCAGUUACCCCUGGGACUUGCAGGAUCGGUAUGCUCAGGACAAGUCCGUGGUAAAUAAGAUGCAGCAGAAGUACUGGGAGACGAAACAGGCCUUUAUUAAAGCCACGGGGAAGAAGGAGGAUGAACAUGUUGUGGCCUCUGACGCAGACCUGGAUGCCAAGCUGGAGCUGUUUCACUCAAUUCAGAGAACCUGUUUGGACUUGUCUAAAGCAAUUGUACUCUAUCAAAAGAGGAUAUGUUUCUUGUCUCAAGAAGAAAACGAACUGGGAAAAUUUCUCCGAUCCCAGGGCUUCCAAGAUAAAACCAGAGCAGGAAAAAUGAUGCAAGCGACAGGAAAGGCCCUCUGCUUUUCUUCCCAGCAAAGGUUGGCCUUGCGAAAUCCUUUGUGUCGAUUUCACCAAGAAGUGGAGACUUUUCGGCAUCGGGCCAUCUCGGACACGUGGCUGACGGUGAACCGCAUGGAGCAGUGCCGGACUGAAUACAGGGGGGCAUUAUUAUGGAUGAAGGACGUGUCACAGGAGCUUGAUCCAGACCUCUACAAGCAAAUGGAGAAGUUCAGGAAGGUACAAGCACAAGUACGUCUUGCCAAAAAAAGCUUUGACAAAUUGAAGAUGGACGUGUGUCAAAAAGUGGAUCUUCUCGGAGCGAGCAGAUGCAAUCUCUUGUCUCAUAUGCUAGCAACAUACCAGACCACUCUGCUUCAUUUUUGGGAGAAAACUUCUCACACUAUGGCAGCCAUCCAUGAGAGCUUCAGAGGUUAUCAGCCAUAUGAAUUCACUACAUUGAAGCCCAUCGUUGCAUAACAGAGGUCCGUGCAUUUCCUAUUGUGUGCCAUGAAACAUGAAAAUGAAAACCAUCAGUACCUUCUGUAUCGCCACCAAGCCUGAGGAUAUUACCUGACUUACCAACUCCCUUGCACUAACAUAUUUUUUAAACACAGGCCUUAUAGUUAGAUUUUGAUUUGAUCAAGUCAUCUUUUAAUGUAUGUAAUUUUCUUCUGAAGGGCACUGUAUUUCCAUAAUGGAUACUUUGACAUUUAAAUAGAUAUUUUCAUGAUUUAUUUGUUCUCUGGAUUUACCUAAGUGAAUAGUCCCUUACAUGCCUUUUGGGUCUCUGGCUAGAAAGAAAGCAUUGUCUUUGGAGAGGUUUGCCAGGCUCGGUUAAUGAAAAGCGACCCAUUUGUUUUCUUUGCUGCGGGGUGUAUUCUGAGUGUGUUGAUAAUUGUGCCACCGCAGCUGUAUUUCCUGACUGUUAGUUUUAUGCUUGAUGAAGGAUGAUAAUUAAUGUGUUAAACACUCAGUGCAUCCUGUUUGGAGGGAAGAGUCUUUUGCUGCAGAAUUGCAGGGAUGUAACUCAUGCCCCAGAAGUUCGUUUUAUUGCUAAUGAGCCUUUCUCUAGAAAAUAGGUAUAGUUCUUUUUCAAAAUCAUUUUAUUAUACAAGUGAAUUGAAAAAUGUCACUGUUUUGACAUUUUAUAAAUAUUUUGUGGUAAUGGUAUAUGUGUGUGUGUGUGUGUGAGAGAGAGAGAGAGAGAGAGAGAGAGAGAGAGAGAGAGAGAGAGAACUGCUUUUACUCGGGCCUGGUGUGAUUCUAUUGGCUCUACUUUUUGUGACAUAGUCUUUUCAUCUUAAUUUAUGAUUUUUUGUAGAAUUUUAACUUCAUGGCAAAUUUAGCAUUGAAAUUCAAUAUUAUAAAAUGCUCUGAUCUAAUCAUUUUAACAGCUCAAAUUUAAAGUAGAGAGACUAUUUCUAAGUGAUUUCCAAUAAAAGAAGCAAUGCUGUAAUCUCAUAUUUUCAAACAAUAAAUAUUUAUUGACUCAUUAAAAUGCUACAAAGCA